CUUUUCAGAUGGCAUUUUGACAGGCAUUGAGAUUUCCUUUACCUUAGAGCAAGGGUCUCCGAAAUAUGGUCCAUAGGCCCAGGAGGGACUGAUAACUCAUGGGGCCCCCGGGCAAUAGGGGAUCAUGGGGCCCCUGUGUCCUUGCCCAAACUCAAAAAAGCCUAUGAAAAAAAGGUACCAGGGGAAUCUCAUGGGGCCCCAUACUGACCCCGUCCCCUCGGGCAGUGCCCGAGUUUCCAAAUGAUCAGUCCGCCCCUGCAUAG